CCCAAUAGUUUACUGAGGGCACUGAAAUGAAUAGAACCAACAAAUCCACCAUAAAGAGUGAAUAUGCUCUGGAGCCGAUUCUCUCUCUGGUGGCUCUUGAGGUAGAAAAUGUGACAAUCCAAGCUGUCAAGGCAUCUUACAUGACACGAUAAUAAACUUUGGAGAAGGCCUUCCAGACAGUGAGUUGACAAGAGGUACAGAAGAAGGUGAAGUAGCAGACCUUUGUUUAGCAAUGGGAUCCAGUCUCACUGUCACUCCAGCAGCCGACAUACCAGAGUGUGUCGCUGAGAGAGGAGAGAAGCUGGUUAUAGUUAACCUUCAAAAGACACCAUUGCACAGUAUGGCUGCACUAUGCAUUCAUGCUAAAUGUGAGGAAGUCUCCACAAUGGUAAUGGAGAAGCUUGGAUUGCCCAUACCUGAGUUUAGACUUAAAAGAAGAGUCUUCAUUAAAGUGACACAAAGUACUAAAGGACCUUCUGAGGAACAGGUUUCUUUAUCAAUAGAAGGACAGGACAUGUAUGGAUUCUAUUUCUCAUUUCUAACUGGAGUUACAGUGUCUGUGGGUGAAAGACCUCAACAGUUGCAAGAGCCUUUCUCUAUCAGGUUUCCAUGGAGAGCAUCAGCUGGUGCAUCAUCAGAUGAAAUGAAGGUUCAGUUGACGUUUCAUUUUCAAGGACAUUAUGGUGAACCACCACUUGAUAAAGAACUGAUUAUUAAAAAGGGAGUGAAAGAUAUGCAGCUCAAGUUAUUAUUGAUUUAUGAUCCAGGAACAAGAGAAUGGAGUAUAGAAGAUGAUACUAUUACUGCUGUUGUAGUUCCAGUUGCAGGCAUAAAGAAGCUAACACUCAAGGACAAAUAAUAAUUAAGUUACAUUUUAAAAAGUAAAAAAUACAACAAAUGCAAUAACAAUAUAUUAAUAGAUCAUGGCUUCAAAAUGAUUGAGAGUUCAUGUCUUUAAACA